UUUGAAAAAUAUACACAAUUUUUUUGGAACUUGAUAUCAAAUAAAUUUAUUAUGAAAAACCCCCGUCCGUUCUUUAAGCGUGCUGUGCUUUUUUAUUUUGAUCACAGAUCCUGUAGAUGGUUGUGACUGCUACAACGUUUUCUCGUACGAAGUUUUAUAAAAAUAGAUAAACUUCUAUAUUUAAUUUAACAGAAUGUAGCGAUACUUUCCUCUGUUUUCAAAUACCUUUAUAUGAUGUCACGUCAUCAUAAAAAGAAGCGAGAAAACUCGACAAGGCAUCGAUCAAGUUCGAAACGACGAAGCCGACGCCGUAGCACGAGUGAAGAAAGCGAGAACACUGAAGAAACGGAAGAGACUACAGAAGUUACUGAUGAAUCUACUUAUAAUUGCAAAAAAAAGAAAAAGAAGCAAAAAACAAAAUCAAAUGACGCCAGAUCAAAUCAAUCAUUUACAAGAUCAACGCGAAUGAUAGCUAUUUCAAGUCCCUCCACGUUUAACCCUGACGCACGCGUGUCGAUAACUACAGAUACUUCAGAGCUUCCUCCACCAGCGCCUUCUUCGAAAGAAAAACAACAACACCAACAUCAAGGGAGAAAAGAUAGCAACAGACACAGUAAGUCACCACGACGGAGAGACUCCUCAAAAUUAAGGGAUGCGAAGAAAUCACCACGAAAAGACAAGCAUAGGAAGAAAAAGAAAGAGUCUAGUAAAAAGGAAUGCGUGGUCACACCAUGUUGCCCUCUUUGUACAAAACCCUACGAAUGUCCGAUUUUGUUACAGUGUGCCCACACGUUUUGUAAAGACUGUGUUACCAUAUUUGUUGAAGCAAGUGAUGGAACAUUUUUCAAAUGUCCCGUUUGUUUGACAAAAAUAAAAUUAACUGGAGAUGAUGAAGAACUGUUUUGUCCAAAUUUUGCCAUCCUGAAGCAAAUCGAGGGCGCGAAAAACGAAAAUGAAGAUCUUAUCUGUUCAGUAUGUGAAGAUGAAAACGAGGCUGAAUAUUUUUGUGAACACUGCUCAGAUCUUUUGUGCGAAGAGUGUGUUGAUGCGCACAAAGUUGUCAAGUAUACUAGAGAGCAUCUUAUUAAAGAAAUCUCAGAGAUGUCAGAUAUUUCGAAUUUAAUUCAGAAGCGAUAUUUUUGUACUCAACAUAAUGAAAAGUCACUUGAUGCAUUUUGCACAAAAUGCCAACAGUCUGUUUGUUCUGAAUGCGUAUCAAAGCAUCACUAUGGCAACCAACAUGACUGCAUAUCAAUACAAAAUGCCUCGAAGAUUAAUCGAGACGAAACGAAAAGAAAGAUACUAAAUAUUAAAAGUCAUGCACCGAACCUACAAAUAUCUUUGCUAGAUAUUAAGCGAGUCAAAAGAACUUUGAGAAAGCAAGUCAAUUCAGUGAGAAGCGAAAUCUCGGAAAGUAUGAAACGACUGAUGGCUGUCUUGAAAGAUAAGGAGAAAAACUUAUAUCAAAGUGUGGAUCGUGUAUACAAAUCGAAAAUUAAUCGAUUAAAUUCGCAAAAAGAAAAAAUACUAAUCGAGUUAGAGAAAAUCGAAGCUUGCGGUCGAGUUUUAAACGAAAUGGAAAACCAUAAAAAUGAUGUUGAAGUGCUACAGAUGAAAACCACUCUUGAGAAGUGUUUGAAUGAUUUAGAAAGAAGCAACCCUAACUUAACCGUGGACAAGGAAACUUUUUUGCUCAAAUCGAACGAAAACAACAUCAAAAAUGAAAUUUCAAAGCAUGGUCAAGUUUUCCGUGUGGGCGACCCGGUUAAUGACAAUAAAAAAUCGAAAUUUUUAGGUCAGAGAAAAGGAGAAAGACAUUUAGAUGAUGCUGUAUUGAUUAGUGAUUUUGAAGAUGAAGCUAAGAACAGUCAAUUAAACAGUAAAAAUCUUUUCGCGAAAUUUGUCGAUACUUCUUGUGAUUAUACUAAAGGGAAGCAACUAAAAGCGAAAGGUAAUUGGUUGAUUGUGAGAUCACGUGUUAAUGAUAUCAUCAAAUAUGGUAAACUUCGCGAUUGUAUUAAACACAAACCGAAGAAACUUUCACAAUCUGAUGUAUACAUGAAGAGAUUGAGACGUUCAAAAGCGAGAACAAUGAAGGCGAAAGGUAAUUGGUUGAUUUUGAAGUCUCAUUUAUCUGAUGUUUUAAAAAACAAGCCACCUCCCAAACUUGCGCGACAACGUAUCAAACAAAUGAACGCUUUGAAUGUUUGGAGUUCUUUAACCAAAACAAGAAAGUCCAUUAGACCACAUGCUAUUAAAGCGCGUGCUAGAGCCAACUGGCUUCUUGUACGGUCACGUGUUAGAGAUAUCGUAGAUUACGGACGAAUAACAGGUGUUUUACCACUAACGUGUGGUAUGUUUUUAAACAUGGCGAGCAGAAAACGUGAAAGCAAGACUUUACUAAAGUUAAAACGUUUUCGCGCCAUUACAAUUCGAGCACGCGCGAAUUGGAUGCUUGUGUCGUCUCGUCUAAAAGACAUAACCGCGUACCCCAACAAGACAAAAAGGAAACCUUCCAAUGCAGCAGAGAGCUGGAGAAAUUAUCGAGAGAAAUUACUGAAUAAUCGAGACAAAGCCACUCGCAAUAAACAAAUAGCAGGUGGUAUCAGAGCGAAAGCAAACUGGUUGAUUGUUAAAUCUCGAAUUCCCGAUAUUUUAUUGUAUGGUUUGUAUAGAGAUCAUUUGAAUGCAAGAGACAAAGGACGAGACAAAAAGUCUAGAAGUCGUUCAAUAUCGCCAGUAAAAGACGUCGGGAAACUGAAUAACCAAGGCAAAACACAAUCAAUCAGUCCGACUAAGUCUUUAAACGCAGUUAAGAGCAACUGGGAUAUUCUCAUUAAAGGUACGAAGCUAAAAAGACCGCGAUCAGCCAGCCCUUACAGAAAUUCGGAGAAACAAAAAGCAAGCUGGGAUAGGCUUAUAGGAAGUAUCCCAACUGAAGAUACCAUCGCACUUACAAACUGGGACAAACUCAUUAGAGGUGCGUCCAAGACAUCAAAUAGCAAUUCUAACAUCAUACCCAGAAAAAAAGAGGCUGUCAACAAUUGGGAUCACCUCAUUAACAGUCCAGUAAAAUCAGUAAAGAAGAAUGAAGCAUUAAGAAAUUGGGCAUGCUUAUCAAAAGGUAACAUGGAUGAGAGUAACACCGAAGCGAAGAGUCGAGAUGCUCUGAGAAGCUGGGAUGCCUUGAUAUACCAUACACCAUCUCUAAGUAAAAGAAAGUCAAAAAGUUUUGACUCUCUGAAUGAUUGGGACAAACUAAUAGCAAGAACGCCAAUAAAUAUAAAAGAAGGACUGAAAAACAAGAAGGAAGGAGGGCUAAAAAACAAGCAGCAUGCGUCAGACGAAAUCUCCAAAAAAAGUUGGGAUGUUCUUAUUGAGGGUACAAAAAUAGACGAUACUAAAAGUGGGAAGGAUCACUGGGAUAAGUUAAAAGUUGGACUUGGACGAGCAAGAAGUAAAGACAAGAUUAGUGAAAUGGAGAAGAAGUGGGAUAAGCUGAUUGCAAAUGUCGAACCAGAACAAAUUAAUAAAAUAUAUGAACCACUAACAAAAAACCAACGAAAAGUAGAUACUCAAUCUGCUGAAAAACAUUGGCUAAAAUUAAUUAAUGGAACUCCGGGAAAAAACAACGAAGCAGAACGAAACUGGGAUAAGUUAAUAUCGCGAACAAAACCAGAUGAUUUGAAAGCUUUAAAACACUGGGAUAUGUUGAUAGCACACAAAAAAGAUGAGAAAGUGUUACAACGAUGGGACAAACUACUUCAAGGGACUACUAUCGAUAAAGAUAGCGAGAAUAACAAUGAGGCUAUUCACAAUUGGUUAAAUCUUGUCCAAGAUACUUCAAGCAACGACGAAGAGCGGGCACUCCACCACUGGGAUAAAAUAAUUAAAUCUGGAAAUAAAACUCAACCAAGCAAAACAGCUUAUAAACACUGGGAUAGAUUACUAGAAGGUAAAAUAAUCAAGCCUAAAAGAACUUUUGAAAUAUCCCCAGCAAAGAACUGGGACAUAUUAAUCGCAUCACCAGCUCCGAUUGUUUCUCCUGUUCCCAGUCCCCUAUCGUCCAGAUCAUCAAGUCUAUUUCGAAACUGGCACAAGCUUACAUCCAAAACACCUCCGCUACCAAAAUCAAUGAACGCAGCAAAAAUGAACGAAAAUGCUGUCAAGAACUGGAAUACUUUAAUUAGGAACAGAGGGGACAAAGAAGAACUAGCCAUCGAGAAUUGGGGUACGCUAUUAAGUGGGGAGAACCCGUAUGAGGCGUACAUAGAUAAACAGCCUCCAGGAGUAACUAAAUUGUACGAAAAGCCUACACCCCGUGGAGAAGAGACUAAAAUGUUAUCUUUGAAUAUAAAGAACUCCAAAGGAGAGUUUCAUAAUGUUGACUUGAAGUUAUCAUCUCCUGAUAAAAGUAUCCUUUCAGCACAUGUGGCGGAGAACAGCGAUGGAACGUUUACCAUAUUUUGUUGUCCGAGGAUCGACAAUGACUUUAAUAUGUUUGUUAGUCUCUCAGGUAAGCAGUUUAAAAACGAAAUAAAAGUUGUUAACUUUUAUGGAAGUUUUGCCGGCUUACGAAAACACGAGGUGGAUUUAGCCUGCAGGACGAUUAGCCUGUUACGUUGGCAUUUAACGCCAGGACUUCUUACAAAAAAAGGAGACAAAGUAGUGGCACGCAAAGGCAGUAUCCGAUAAAUGUGUUCUUAUGAUGUGCUGGCAAUUAAUAGCGAAAAUUUAUAUCAAAAUAAAACGAAUUUUUAAAAUCUUGUUUGCUGUUGGUUCAUACUAUUGAAUGGAUUUUCUUUGACAACUUCUUUGACUUUGCACAGACAACCCGUUGGGAAUAAUAAUAAAUUUGAAUUUGAAGAACAACCUUUAUUGUACACAUUUUUUAGGAAUAUUAUAUUCAAUUACAUACAAAA